GAACGUGACAGUAGGGGUUUCUUCUAGGCCACAAAGCUCUAAGCCAUUCAUGGUGCGCAUGUGAUACAGAGAGGCUUGAUAGAGCCCCUUCACCUUGGUCCUUAGCUAUCUAAAAAUUGGCUUCUUAUGCUGAUUAUCCUCUUCCCAUGUGCAUUUGGUCCACUCCACUUUCUUCGUUGUAUAUCCUUGGGUUAUUCCUGAAUGGUAAGCACAAUAUCUUUUGCUAAUUAAUCCCUCUUUUUAUCCUACUUGCCAACUGUACAAGAUGAGCAGAAGAAGAAUUGCCCAAUCAUAAGGUCAUUAACUGCAAAAAAGAGAAAAUUUAUUUCUUUCUCUGAGAAUCUGAUCUUCUUGAGAGUUCAUUGACAGCCACAUGCAUCUCAAAAUCAAAUGCUGCGUGGCCCUCAUCCAUACAUUCAUCAAUCUUCCUAUCCUGCUAUUGGAGUGAAUGUUACUUCAACUUGCAGGAAGCUAAACUAGUACUUUCUAUAUAAACCCUAUGAAACUUAUCAAGAAACUACACCAUCCCAAAAAGGAAACAAGAGUGAACAACUAGACGACUCACCCCAAAAAAAUGCUUCACUCCCUACUCAUCAUUUCCCUCCUCUUCUCUCUUUCCAAUGCAGCUGUUCAAGACUUCUGUGUUGCCGACCUGAAAGGCCCACAAGGGCCAGCAGGGUACUCCUGUAAGAUCGCCAGUGUCGUGACUGCAGACGACUUCGUAUUUUCAGGCUUACGUGCUGCUGGAAACAUAUCGAGUCUAAUUAAAGCUGCAGUCACUCCAGCAUUUGUAGAGCAGUAUCCAGGAGUGAAUGGCCUCGGUCUCUCUGCUGCUCGGUUAGACUUGGCACCGGGUGGUGUUAUACCACUCCACACACACCCAGGAGCUUCGGAAUUGCUACUUGUGACGCAAGGUAUUAUCGAGGCUGGUUUUAUCUCUUCCGCCAACGCUGUCUACGUGAAGACACUGAAAAAGGGAGACCUUAUGGUAUUCCCACAAGGGUUGCUACAUUUUCAGAUUAAUGCUGGUGGCGUAACGGCAGUUGGUUUCCCUGUAUUCAGUAGCCCAAGCCCUGGUCUCCAAAUCCUCGACUUCGCACUAUUUGCCAACGACUUGAGCACUGAUUUGGUGUCCAAGACCACUUUCCUUGACCCAGCUCUGAUCAAAAAGCUAAAGUCUGUUCUUGGUGGGAGUGGUUAGAAUUCCCCAACCAUGUGUUUGCUUUAGCCAUUCUGCAUUUCCAAGUAACAAAAUGGAUUGAUGUUCUUUUUUUUUUUCCUCUCUUUGCUAUUUGUUCAUUGAUGCCAUUUAAAUUCCUUGACUAGCUGUGUGUUCCACCUCUGCUUCUCUCCCCGAUUAUUCUAUUGUCUAUUCAUGGCCUUCAUUUGCUUUUUGAGAAUA